AGGAGCUCUCCGGUACCGGCAGCUGUUCGGUUGAUGAGUUUGGGUUUUUAUCAGCUGAUCGAUUAUUGAUCCCGCCGCCGCGCCGCCGCCGCGCGCUCCCGCCAGCCGCCAUGUCGUCUCACCGGAGGAUGGUUCGGUAGUCGGUAGGAGGCUAACAGCGGGCUAACGUCACCGAGCGGCGCAACGGACGGGUUUCUCAUGUCGGUCCAUGUUCAGCGGAGCCGUUACCGUCUCGACCCGGACCGGACGUUACAUGUCCGUCGGCCGGAGCUCCGCCGGGCGGCCUGGUUCGCUUAGCGGGGAGGAGGCAGCAGCUAGCCGCCGUUAGCUCCGUUAGCUCCCAGCUGUUUAUUUAUAUCGGUGUUAUGUAAGAGGAGCCCGGUUAGCCGAGCUAGCCACGUUAGCUCUGUUAGCUUCAGGAUGAAUGACGCGCAGCAGGAAAUGUCUCCGGACUUCGUCCUGAUGCGGCUCGUCUCCGCGGCGGAGUACGACCGGCUGGACGAACCGGACAGCCGGAUGUCCGGCGGCGGCGGUUUCGGGUCCGUUAAGGCCGGGCUUGGGCACCAUGGCGGCGGGUUUGAUCUGGAUCCCAGCGGCCCCUCGCCGGGCCUCGGCUCGGCCUCCCCGCAUUACAGCUCCCCGCUGCCCGGGAAGAGCGAGCUGGACGGCGGGCUGGGGCUGCCGACGGCCCCGCCGGGCUCCGAGUCCCCGCGGUCCCCCCCGCCGGAGGACUUUGCCGUCGCAGCGCAGCGGUUCGUGGACUUCCCGGUUCAGCAUGGCUCGCAGCUGAUGGUGUUUCAGAACCUGCUGCGGUCCGGAGACCGGAUCCUGGAGUGUGGACUGGAGCAGCCGCCCCCAGAGAGACAGAAACAGCAGCUGGACUCUGGAUCCGGAACUGGGCCCGGGAGCACCACAGCCGGGCCCGGACCUGGCGGCGGGUCCGACCAGAACUUGCACAGCGUCCCAUCUGCUGAAGAGAACCUGCCCCCGCAGCAGCUCCUCCAGUGGCACCCGGUCCUCAGACUGUCCAAGGGGUCCGACGGAUCCCAGACCUCCCAGCAGGACAUACCGGCUCUGGACUCUGAGUCCAGGUCGGUCCUGUGCCACCGACACCGCCUGCUGACGGACCGAUUGGCCAAGUGGCCCCCGGGCCUGCUUGACCAGGCGCUGCAUCUGGGCUUGCUGGAACCCCGGAAGAACUAUUCCAGCGGGGACGAGGACCCGGUUCUGGCUCUGGCCCGGAGGCUGGGUCAGCUGGGUGAGGGCAGGGAGGGGGUGGGGGGCGGCGAGGUGGUGCUGCCGCUGUCUCGGUGCUCCUGUCAUGGUGUGCUGGCCUCGGGGGCGGGGGGCGAGGAUCCCAGCGAGACCAGUGACGCCCUGCUGGUCCUGGAAGGUCUGGGAUCUGAGGAGGUGAGUGGACUCGGGCAGGAUGCAGAGAAGGGGGAGAGAGUGGGGGGUGGCGGUGGGACGUCUGGAGGGGCGGGGCCUGUGUUCUCCGGGGGGACUCUGAGCGGUCUGAUGCGGCAGGUCCACAGACUGGCAGAGGAGGCAGGCGUCUGCACUGACCAGAGCUGCCGGUCUUCUCUGGCGGUCCUCGGCGCCGCUGUGUCUCUCCCCUCCUGCGUAGCCCCCCGUCCCCCCAUCAGUGGCGACACCCCCCCCUGCCCGUACCCCCUCCAGGCAGCCGCCCUCCCAGCCUCCCCGGACCCCCUCCCGUCCUCCAGCGCUGGUCCGGCCCUGCGCCACCAGCACCAGUCCCGCUCGCAGCCCCAGAGCCGCGCCACCACCCCCAAGCUGGGUGUGGCGUCUGGGGGUCUGGGGCGGUGCUCCUCCCCCCUGGUGGUCCUGGAGGGUGGGGGAGAGAAGACGCCGCGGCGGGGGAAGUCGAGGAAAGGCGGGUCCCUGAAGGUCCGGCUCAGCAAGCUGUUCAGAACCAAGAGCUCCAGCGGCGGCUCAGGGGGGCUGCUGGACAAGAGGCCAUCCCUGGCCUCGUCCACCUCAUCUGGGGGGAGUCUGCUGGACGUGUGGGGGUCAACCUGCAGCAGCUCGGAGCCCGACAGGCUGCAGGUGUCCAGGCCUCACAGUGCCUUCUCUCCGGUGCCCUUCACACCUGCUUUCACCGGUGAGACGGUGUCUCUGGUGGAUGUGGAUAUUUCUCGGAGGGGGGUGAACUCUCUGCACCCCCCGACCCCCCCUCCUCCUCCCAGACGGAGCCUCAGUCUGCUCGAUGACUUCGGGGGUCCUCCUCAGCAGCAGGGUGCAUUCAUGGAGCGUGGUGUAGGGGCAUCCAUGCAGUCUCUGCCCCCACGACCGCUGGCCCUGCCCCCCUCCCUCAACGCCAUCCAGCACAGCCUGAGCCUCAACGACACGUUCCUGCGAGGUCUCCCGCGGCCCAUCCCUCUGCGGCCGGACGGUCAGCUGGCGGCACCGCGGCUCGCUCCCCGCUGCCCGCUUAGCCGCCCCGACGCCGGCAGCUUCGCCACCAGCCUCAGAGAGCUGGAGAAGUGUGGCUGGUACUGGGGCCCGAUGAACUGGGAGGAUGCUGAGAUGAAGCUGAAGGGGAAACCAGAUGGGUCAUUCCUGGUCCGGGACAGUUCAGACCCCCGAUACAUCCUGAGUCUGAGCUUCAGGUCCCAGGGGGUCACACACCACACACGCAUGGAGCACUACAGAGGGACCUUCAGUCUCUGGUGUCACCCUAAGUUCGAGGACCGCUGUCACUCAGUGGUGGAGUUCAUCGAGCGCGCCAUCAUGCACUCCAAGAAUGGGAAGUUCCUCUACUUCCUGCGCUCCAGAGUCCCCGGUCUCCCCCCGACCCCGGUCCAGCUCCUGUAUCCGGUCUCCAGGUUCAGCAGCGUUAAAUCUCUGCAGCAUCUCUGUCGUUUUUGCAUCAGACAGCUGGUCCGGAUCGACCACAUCCAGGAGCUGCCGUUGCCCACGCCUCUGAUCUCGUACCUGAGGAAGUUUUAUUACUACGACCCUGAGGAGGAGAUCAGCUCGAACCUGAAGGAUAGAAGACCAGAUCCCAGUCUGCAGUCGAUCCAGCAAUCGGUCCAACAGUCGGUCCAGCAACCGGUCCAACAGUCGGUCCAACAGUCGAUCCAGCAACCGAUCCAGCAACCGGUCCAACAGUCGGUCCAACAGUCGGUCCAGCAGCAGGGGGUCCAGCAGCAGGGGGUCCAACAGCAGGGGGUCCAACCGGUCCAACCAGUCCAGCAUCAGGGGGUCCAGCAGUUCCAGCAGCAGGAGGUCAAGUCUGAAACGUAGCACUGGAGCCGCAGAGGACAGCUUGUUUUCUUUUCUUUGUCUUUCUUUGGUUCUCGGACUUGGUCAGCUGACGGACCUGCAGCCAAUCAGCUCCCUCUACUCAGUCCUGUAUCUGGGCGGGUUUCAGAUGAUCCACCCUCCUCCGAGCACUCUGAUUGGCUCUCAUGGAGAGUCAACGGGGGGAGGGGGGACUGGGGAUGUGGAGACUCCGCCUCUCUCUUGAUGUCAUCACUGAGCAGCUGGACGAACUAUGACAUCACCGUUAGCGAAGACGCUAAAAAACAAAACAAAGAACCUCGAAGAGACUUUCAGUCGCCUUUAGGAUCCUUAAACUUCCAACACGAACACUAAAAUAUGUUUAAAUACGUUUAAAAAGGAAACAAACGCACAGAAGGUCAGAGUUCAACUUCAGCACGCCAAGUCAAAAAUAAUCCAAAACAUGUCACGUCUUUCACCGCAACUUGAAGACAACCUGGACACUCACCUGGACAUACACCUGAACACGUCUGAACACACACCUGGACACGCACCUGGACAUACACCUGAACACACACCUCAAUUCACACCUCGACAUGCACACAAACUCACCUGAAUUCACACCUGCACACACACGCAAACACAAACCUGAAUUUACCUGCAAGCACACACAGAAACACACCUGGACACACCUUGACACACCUGAACACACACCUGGACAUACCUGCACACACCUGAACGUACCUGCACACACCUGAAUUCACACCUAAACACACACCUGAACACACAUAAACACACACCUGAAUACACACACAAACACCCUUAGACACACACCUGGACACAUACCUGAAAUCACAUCUGAACACACCUGGACACACACAAACACACCUGAAUUCACAUCUGAACACACACCUAAACAAACUUGAACACACACAUAAACACAAACCUGAACUUACAGGGAGACACACACACAUAAAGACACCUGGACACACUUGAACACAGACCUGAAGUCACCUGGACACACCUGAACACACAUAAAGACACCUGAAUUCACACCUGAACUCACCUGGACACACACCUGAACUAACACCUGAACACACCUAGACAUACACCUGAGCACACACCUGAUCUCACCUGAACACACCUAAACACACACUUAACUAACUCCCAGCACACCGGAACUAACACCUAAACUCUCAUCUGGACACAUCUGAAUACACACCUGAACACACACCUGAAGUCACCUUGACACACCUAGACACACCCGAACUCACACCUAAACACACUUGAGCACACACACAAACAAACGCACACCUGAACUUACCUGAAGACUCACAUAAACACACUUGAACACACAAACCUGGACACACCUGAAUUCACACCUGAACACACACCUAAACAAACAAACACACACCUGAACUCAACUAAACACACACCUGAAAACACACGGACCCACACCUGAACUCACCCCUGAACACACACCUGAACUAACACCUGAUUACACCUGAACACAUCCCAGGAGUUGUGAGCAGAUUUGAGUCCCCACCAUGAGUCCAUACCAUGUUUUUUGUUUGUUUCCAAAGAGUUUUUAUUGUGUUUUGACACAUUUUAAGCUUCUGAGAGGGUCAGGCUCUCUGCUUCUGACUUUUCUGCUGCUCCGUAAUAUUUAUUUAUUUAUUUAGUUAUUUAUAUUUUUUACGUAUUUAUUUGAGAGCUUAUAAAUUUAGAAAUUGUCUACUUUUCAAUAUGGAAUGUAAUAACUGGAUGGUGAUGAGAUCUUUUAUAAAUCCGCCUGUCGAGUGUUUUUAGAAAACAUUCGUCUAGAGUUUUUUGCCACGUGUUCAGGAAAUAGAAAUCGAAACAUACUGAGGCUUUGUUGUGGGGUGACGACUCCAUGCGAACGCUUUUUCGUUUUAGAAUUCUGAGCUUGUUUGACAUUUAAUAACUUAAUAACUAAUAACACAUUUACUGUUUGUCUGCAGACGCUUGUUGAAAUUAUCUCCAUUUAUUAGACGAUGGAAAGGAAAGAUUUUUAAGGGGACAUGUAAUCUUUUAUUAGCUCCAUAUUUUAGACAUUCUUUUCAAAAGCAGGAGAAACUUUUAUUUCAUAUUUAAAUAUUUCAUUUCAUAACAAAGUCCAACAAACCAACAACAUUUUUUGCUGAUAGGAGGUAGAAAACAUCAGGAUUCUGCCACAUUUUCCAUAUUAAAUACACACUUUUUCUGCUCUGCUAAAGAAUGUUUAACAUAUAGAACUAAUUUAAUAGUCUUUUUCUUUUUUGGGGUUAAGACUGUCUUAAGAUUUAGUGCUAGUAACGUAAAGACAUUUCUCUUAUCAAUUAAAUUAUAUUUAUUUUUGUCCUGUUCUGGCAAAGAAUGUUUAACAAAUGGAGGUUCUUUCAUUGUCCGUUAACAAAACUGUGAAAAUGUUUGAAAAAUGUAAUAAAAGUAACUGAAUGACCUUUAUAUUAUCAUUCCGUUACUAAAGCGUCAAUAUAUAAUUAUGGGAAUUUAUUAAUGUCUUAAAAACCAGAGUGGUCACAGGAAGCAGCACACAUCAGGCUUCAGGGAAACAUUUUCAUCCUCCUGCUCUUUUACACUUUCAGCUGAAUUCUGAUUUAUUUUAGAAUGAAAUCCUAAAGCUUCUGGUCUCAGGUGGGUUCAGGCCUUUCAGAUGCUAGUUCUGGUCUUUCAGAUGCUGGUUCAGGUCUCGUGCAGGACUGACAUUCUUCCGUGUUUCUUGUUUGAUGAAAAAUAAAAGGAAACAAGGCUGAAGUUUGUGCAAAGAUGAAAACUGUUUACUACUUCUUCCUCGUGGGUUUUGUCAAACAUUUUGUGAUGUCAUCAUAAAACAAACAGCUGAUUCGUGGAUCCUAAAGGCGACCGGCUGCACACCCUGAUGUGGCGAUGCUACCAAAAAAAUAAAAGAAGAGUUAAUCGCGACGACUACUGAACUACAACAUUUCACUGGAACGAGCUGGACUGAUGGACUCUGACCCAGCAGAGACUGGGGACACUGGGGCGUCCUGCGGGGACACUUCAUGAUGUCACAGGCCGUCUAAAUCCUGCACACUGAAGGACUGAGAGCUGAAAUGUGACGUAGUUGCGUGUCAUCGUUUUU